AUGUCAAUGAUCAUGAGUAACAAUCUUGGUUGUGCUGCAUUGCGCACAUUGAGAAGGAUAUGUCCAAUGACAUCAAGACAACACAUUGCCUCCUCAUCUACAUACUUGUCAUCACAAUCACAUUCCCUCAACAAUACCUUCAACAACUUCAAUAACAGACACAUUACAACAUCAACAUCAACAUCAACAUCAACUUCAACAUAUACUUCAUCACAAACAAGACAAUACUCAUCAUUCAGAAAUAGACAAUCAAGUAACAACACAACACAACAACAACAGCAACAACAACAGCAAAAUGGUAAUGAUGAAGAUAUAUCAAUGGAUACAUUGACAUGCUCAGCGAUAUGCCUUUCAAAGUCAUUCAAGAAGGAGUUGCAUUCAUUACCAGACAACUUCUCAUUGGAGAAGGUGUUCCACGUCAGCAACGUCAGAUGGCUAAGAUACAAUGGUGGCGAAAAGGGUGGCGACGCAUUCGUCUUUCCAUCAUUUGGCUGCGUCAUCUCGUGGGGCAUCCCCGAGGAUGCUCAACGCACACUGCUCACAUGGCUCAAGGAGUACGAGGUCGAGGGCAACCAGCCGCCUCAGCUCGACAGCUACGUGUACACUGAUGGUGGCUCACGCUUCGAAAUCACCAAGAGUCGCGAGAUCAUCACACUGUCUGCGGAUCCUGCGGCCAACCUCAACGAGAAGUUUGCCGUCUCCUAUGCAUUUGCUCAGUCCGUUCGUCUAUUCCUCAUUGAGGACGAUGUCAUCAAGCUCAGCGAGAAGGUGGCACAACUCCCCGAUGAACUAUCCAAGCAUGGCACCGUUCGUAUCUCCAAGAAAGAGAUUGGCAAGCAGUUGGGCGAACAAAUGAAGAUCAAAAACUACCUGAAUCUUCACUCUGAUAUCAUCGAUACACCUGAGCACUUCUGGGAACAUACCGAGGGUGAGGGUAUAUAUAAGAUCGUUAGGAGUCAUUGUGAGAUUGACAAAAGGGUACGCAUUAUGAACGAGAGACUUAAUCUGAUCAGUGGUAUCUACGAUGUUAUUAAUGAUGAGCAGAAGCACAGUCAUUCCAUCCGUUUGGAACGUAUCAUUAUUGCACUGAUUGCCAUCGAGGGCACUUCAGGCAUUCUGCACUGGUUCUACUGA